AUUAAACAAGUUCAUCCGACAAGAACAUUAUAUUCUUGCAGCACAUGAACAAGUUGUGGAUAGAGAAACUGAACCAGUAUCUGGCCAAUUAGUGCCUGGAAGAUCAUCCAGGGUCCACAUGGAGGAAGUCCUACAACAAGAAGUAGAUUCUAGAAUAUCAUCAACAACUGGUUCUGUUCAAGCCCAGUCUAAUCGUUCAUCGAGUAGAAUACAAGUGGUGCCUCCAAGUUCGGGACAAGAAGAGAUGCAGUUUGUGGAAAAAGCUAAGGAGCAAGGAGUGUUCUAUCUAUUGGCAGAAGCUGAGGUGGUGGCUAAACAAGAUUCGUCGUUCGUGAAGAAAGCUUUUAUCAACUAUGGAUAUAAUUUCUUGCGCAAGAAUUUCAGGCAAGGGGAGAAAGUUAUGGCAAUUCCUCAGACAAGGCUGCUAAGGGUCGGCAUGACUUAUGAGCUAUAAAUCUGACUCGCAUAACAAACAAACAGUGUGAUUAAUAGUAUGAUUUCUGCAAUUUGUAUAUCUUUACUUUUUAUAUUAUCCCUUAAUAAUGUGUGAAAGCUUUUGUUUUGAUCAAGUGCAAUGUGUGUAAGCUUUCAGCUUGAGUAAUGUAACUGUACUCAUAGAACUUGUUUGGAAAUGUAAUAUUCCCUCUAUUGACUCUA